AUGGAGUACUGUGCGGUCGGCAGUAUAGCCGGAAUGCAAAAGUAUGGAAUUCGUUUCUCGGAGCUUCAGUUGGCUUCGAUCAUCACGUCGGUCCUACACGGUCUCGCCUAUCUUCACACCAUGGGAGUUCCCCAUCGUGAUCUCAAGUGCUCCAAUAUACUCAUGAACGAGCUCGGCGAUGCCAAGCUAGCCGAUUUCGGAAUGCCGUAUCUCUGGAUGCGAACGUUGAUGAAGGCCCAGGGCAUCACUCCCUCGCCACUCUGGCUAGCGCCCGAAGUGUACGCGGGAGAGACGUUCAACCAAGCCGCCGACAUAUGGUCGCUGGGGAUAACUGUGAUAGAGAUGGCCGACGGACAGCCGCCUUAUGCGACAGAGGAGCCCAUGCGGGAUCCCUCCAAGUGGUCACCCGCCUUCCUCGAUUUCAUUAGCCAAUGCCUUCAGAAGGACCCCACGAAACGACCAUCGGCCCGAGAAUUACUGCGGCACGACUUCUUCAACGACUACGACAGCAGGCGAAGCGAAGAGGCGGAGAAUCGCGCGCAGAUGGCACAGCCUCAGGUCUCUGCGGACAUGGCCAACCCUGAGGUCGCACCGACAGAAGAGAUGCAAAAGGACACGAAACGGCUCUCGAGACAACUCAACGAAGGAAAGGGAAAGAGAAUGUCCAGGGAGGUGCUCUCGAAUAUUGUGCACUACGUGCGGAAUGAACUGAACAUCGGCAACCAAAAGGAGAAGGAGAAGGAACAACAACAACAACAGCUGUUGCCCUCCGUGGUCGAACCAGAAGAGGAACCCAGCAUCAUCGAAGCCGACUGCGAGACUACAUACACCGCCACAGAUGAAGGGCACGAAUAUGACGAAGACACCUCGAUAUUAUCAUCAACGGACAGUUCGUCUCUGUCGAGCAGCGGCGAGCUGUCGCCGACGUCGUCGCCACCAUCGGCCGCGACCACGAUCCUCCCCGCGCAGCGCAUGCUGGUCGACGACUCGCGGCUGCAGCCGAGCGAGUUCUGCCCGCCCUACUCCUCCUCCGCGCCAGCACCGUUCCUGCCCAUCCGCAGCGCGUGGCGCGAGGAGUACGACAAGGCCAAGGAGGACAACCGGCGGGCCACUGUCGGCCUCUUAGCCGAUGAGCCUCGGUCGCCAAUCGACCCCGAGAAUGAGGAGAGAAUGCUCAACUCGAUGACGGAAUCGGGACGAAUGCGCAAGAGGCCCAUAAGGGCCGACGACGCGACCCCGACGGGCUAUAUCACUCCCAACAGCGCGAAGAAAGAAGUCUCAUUCGCCACGGAGAGACGGGAGAACGAGGCCGACAAGAGAAGGGAAGUGGAAAAAGCGCUCAACGGCCUGACGUCGGCCCGACAGACGAGGCGUAGUGGAGGAGCAGUUGGAGGUGAUGGUGGCAGCUACAGCAUCUUCGACCGAAACACGCCAGAGGGCGGCGAGGCCAGAGGGGCCGAGGAGGAAGUCGUCUACCAGCCACAGGAAGACCGAAGCACUAUGGAGCACUAUCUCAACCUCUCCAUCAUCAACGUCGUCAACGAGCUGUUGAGCUGGAAGUCCAGGUGCCAGCAACUUGAAAUGGAGAUGAUCAUGGAGAAGCAGAAGCAGAGCCAGCUCAUCCAGCAGUCACAGCAGCUCCUGCAGUACCUGCUCUCGUCACAGCUGCCCUCGGCCACGCUCACCUCGCCCCACCCGCCCGUCGGGGGCUCGCCCGUGAUGCCCACCCGCGCCGGCGUGGGCUCGACGCCCGCCUCCCCGGCCGGCUACUACCCGACCCCGUCGGCCCAGGGGUUUCCGCCGAUCCAGCUGGCUCGGUCCACCACGCCCACCAACAUGGCCACGCCACCACAGCCGGCCGUGACUCGGGCGUCGGCGGCCGACCGGGACAAGCGGAGGCGCUCCACCUCGUCUGUACAGCAGAACUGGUGA